CUUUUAAGGGAUUUGACAUACGAUUUUCUGUCUGCACCUCGCCGGACUACAGCGGCAUUUUAAUAUGAUUUUUAACAUGAUUCCUCUAAACCUCUGACGCUCAAGUUACUGCGUGUUUUUACAAAAACAGAAACUGAUAUAUUUUAGUGCAUGGCAGAACAAAAAGUCUCGCGCUUUCACGUUUGUGCUCACGUAUAGUUAAACUGACACAGUAUUCAACAUGCACAUAAUUAAUUACUUUAUUGUGCUUUAUUUUUCUUCCUGUGGAUUACGAAGUGUGUCACUGCAGAAUGGACAAGCUUUACAUUAGGAAGACCGUCUAUAGUGAUCAUGUGGCUACGCAGAUUGAGUUAUCGCAGUGCACGGAUAGCGGUUUCAGGUUCACACAAUAGGAGGAUUUGCACUGAAUAACAGUCCCCUUUUCACAUGUAUUCUAAACAACUUCAAGUGUAUGCAGAUGCAGUUGAUAAUGUCAGCACCUUACAAACCACGAAAACAAUUGAGAACAUUGAAGGAAGGGGGGGUUCCCUCCUUACAACUUUGCCUUUUUUGGUUUAUUGGGGCAUGUUUUUGUCUUGAAGUUCUUGGCCACCAGGGGACUCAACCACAUUCUAUCAAAAUAGAAGGAGAUAUUACACUUGGAGGCCUCUUCCCCAUUCAUGCUAGGGGACCAGCUGGUGUACCAUGUGGAGAAAUUAAAAAAGAGAAAGGGAUUCACCGCAUGGAGGCCAUGCUUUAUGCUUUGGACCAAAUCAACAGUGACCCGGAGUUGCUCCCCAAUAUCACACUUGGUGCACGAAUUCUAGAUACCUGCUCUCGGGACACAUAUGCAUUGGAACAGUCUCUUACCUUUGUCCAGGCCCUUAUACAGAAGGACACAUCAGAUAUUCGCUGCUCGAAUGGUGAGCCACCACUAAUAAGGAAACCUGAAAGAGUGGUGGGAGUCAUUGGGGCAUCAGCCAGCUCUGUGUCUAUCAUGGUGGCGAAUGUAUUAAGGCUCUUUGCGAUCCCUCAAAUCAGCUAUGCAUCUACUGCUCCUGAACUAAGUGACAACAACCGCUAUGACUUCUUCUCACGUGUUGUGCCACCCGAUUCUUACCAGGCUCAGGCUAUGGUGGACAUUGUGAAGGCAAUGGGUUGGAACUAUGUGUCAACAUUGGCCUCGGAGGGCAAUUAUGGUGAAAGUGGAGUCGAAGCCUUUGUACAGAUCUCACGAGAAGCAGGUGGUUUAUGUAUUGCUCAGUCUCUCAAAAUACCAAGAGAGCCCAAGCCCGGUGAGUUUGACAAGAUCAUCAAACGCCUAAUGGAAACUUCUAAUGCUCGUGGGAUCAUUAUGUUUGCCAAUGAAGAUGACAUUAAACGUGUCCUAGGGGCAGCAAAGAAAGCAAACCUGACAGGCCACUUCUUGUUUGUGGGGUCAGACAGCUGGGGAUCAAAGAUUACUCCCAUUUUGGACCAAGAAGAUGUGGCAGAAGGAGCAGUUACCAUACUUCCAAAGAGAGCAUCAAUUGAGGGGUUUGAUCAGUAUUUCACAACACGUUCUUUAGAAAACAACCGCAGAAACAUCUGGUUUGCUGAGUACUGGGAAGAUGAUUUUAAAUGCAAACUUACUCGCCCUGGCAGUAAGACUGACAACGGACGAAAAAAAUGUACAGGGGAGGAGCGCAUCAGUCGAGAUUCGCCCUAUGAACAGGAAGGCAAGGUGCAGUUUGUGAUUGAUGCAGUCUAUGCCAUGGCUCAUGCAUUGCAUAACAUGCACCUGGAUUUGUGUCCUGGUGCCACAGGGGUGUGUGAGAAAAUGGACCCAGUUGAGGGGAGAUUAUUACUACAGUAUAUUCGUGCUGUCAACUUUAAUGGCAGUGCUGGCACAGCCGUCAUGUUUAAUGAAAAUGGAGAUGCCCCUGGACGUUAUGACAUUUUCCAGUAUCAGAUGUCUAAUACUAGUAUCUCUGGGUACAAAGUCAUUGGUCAGUGGACCAACCAGCUCAGGCUGAAUGUAGAGGAGAUGCUGUGGUCUGGGGGAGAACAAGCAAUCCCAGACUCUGUAUGUAGUUUUCCCUGCAACCCUGGCGAAAGAAAGAAGAUGGUGAAAGGUGUGCCUUGCUGCUGGCACUGUGAACUAUGUGAUGGCUACCAAUACCAGUCUGAUGAAUUCUCUUGUGAAAUGUGUCCUUUUGAUUUGAGGCCCACUGUGAAUCGCACUGCUUGCCGGCCAACUCCCAUUAUAAAACUUGAAUGGCAUUCUCCAUGGGCAAUGCUACCAAUGUUCUUAGCUAUACUGGGCAUCCUAGCAACUACAUCUGUUGUUGUAACCUUCAUUCGCUUCAAUGACACACCAAUAGUGCGGGCAUCUGGCCGAGAGCUGAGCUACGUGCUACUUACCGGGAUAUUCCUCAUCUAUGUUAUGACUUUCCUCAUGAUAGCGGAGCCUGGGUCUGUGGUGUGUGCUUUCCGAAGACUAUUUCUUGGGCUGGGAAUGUGUAUCAGCUAUGCAGCAUUGCUCACAAAGACCAAUCGCAUUUACCGUAUUUUUGAACAAGGAAAGAAAUCGGUCACACCUCCCAGAUUUAUCAGUCCAACUUCCCAGCUUGUAAUUACCUUCAUUUUGAUUUCAUUACAGGUCCUCGGAGUGUUUGUCUGGUUUGGUGUAAUACCUCCACAUACAAUCAUUGACUAUGAGGAGCUGCAUCCACCAAACCCAGAGCUGGCUCGUGGGAUUCUCAAAUGUGACAUGUCUGACUUGUCACUAAUCUGUUGCCUCAGCUACAGCAUUGUGCUCAUGGUGACAUGCACAGUAUAUGCGGUCAAGAGUCGUGGAGUUCCAGAAAACUUCAACGAGGCAAAGCCGAUUGGUUUUACCAUGUAUACAACAUGUAUAAUCUGGCUGGCUUUCGUGCCCAUCUUUUUUGGUACUUCACAGUCUACUGAAAAGAUGUUUAUUCAGACCACUACACUGACCAUUUCCAUGAGUCUCAGUGCCUCUGUAUCCCUUGGUAUGCUUUAUAUCCCUAAGGUCUACAUCAUUCUGUUCCACCCAGAGCAGAACGUACAGAAGAGGAAACGUAGCUUCAAGGCCGUGGCCCAGGCAGCCACCAUGUCCUCCAGACUAUCACAAAAAUCCAAUGAUAAGCAAAAUGGUGAAGCCAAGCCUGAGGAGGGCAAGGAUAGUAAGUAACUUCACAAGCAUUCCUAAAAUGGCAUACAUAAACUACAGCAAUCCAGACAUUUAAGCAUGAGGAUCAGUGGAAGGAGAAGGCAGAAGAGGACCAUCCAAGUCAAUCGACGGCUCUUUAACAAGGAGCUGACAAUGGCUGUGAUGCUCCUGUAAAAGACGCUCCAGACAAUGUUGUUUAUCAACCAGAAAUCUUCUUAAAAUUUUUAAGGAAUGCUUUUUGUUGUUUGAAUGUUAACUGAAAAAAAAAAAAUUUCCAAAGCCUUUGACAACCAAGAAAAUGAAAGUACAAAGUUAGUGGUACCUUAUACCUAGAACACACCAUUUAGGGUUUCUUGUAAAUAUAAACUACAAAGUAAGUAAACAAAAUAUGCUAAAUAGUUUUGCCCAAUUUCAUAUUCCCUUUCCCAGUCUCCUUUGUAACAUUAAAUAAAGGUUGUUGUUUUGUUGGUUUACUCAUUCAGUUAACUUAAACUUACAAGUUCAAAUCAUCUGUCUAGAUUUUGUCCUAUACUGUAUUUGCAAAAUUAGCCAUGGUGAUCAGUGGAGCUACAAAUCUUGCCAUUCUUCAAUCUGUGCUAAAAACAGACUUCCAAAAACAGGCCACAUUUUAUUAGAAAAAAAAAUGCAUUUUAUUGCUCCUUUCAAAGCCUGUUGGAAAAAAGCAGAUCUUCUGAGCUAACAAGGCGGUCAGCCCUUAUGAAAUGGCAGAGGUUACCCCUGCUGCUCAGCACCAAACUAUUUGACCUACCAUUGUAGGUGAAGCAAGUAAUCGGCAUUUCAGCUAAAACAUGUAAGUUCAGUUGCAAAGUAUUGCAUGUGUACAUAUUUACAAAUAUAAAACAUCCCUCCAUUGUGUAAGGCUGCAGCUCCCCAGUAUUGGCAGCAUUAGUUUCUUGCUUAGUGUUGUGUUAGAUGACAGCUUGCAUUGUGAGGAGCUGCCGAGCAGCAGACACAAACUGGCAACGGUCUGUCCUUCAAAUGGAAAGGGAUCAGAGCAGGAACUGGAUUUGGAACGGGCAGCACACAGUCCUAAAGUCCAGCGUGACACGGAGGAUCCUUUUGUGAACGGAGUGUAGAUGAAGUGACUUGGCCUGAGGAUGUCUUAUAUGAUUUUAUGGAGCUGGUGCAUAAAAGCCACCUGCCCACAUUGUUACCACCUCUGCAUUUAUUGCGUUACGAACCUGGCCAGGCCUGGAAUGAUAAAAAACUAAAGAAAAGUAAACCUAAUAAUUCAAAGUCCCAAUCUGACAAUGACUUUGGAAAGUUCUCCCGUGAGCACAUUUAUGGCUUGACAGUUGGGCAGUGAAUGUAUGUGUGCUCUUGCUGAAUCUCAGAUCUUAUAUUUUCAUUUGUUUUACAUGAUCCGUGGAGUUGGAAGUGGAUGUUUCUUAUGGAAUCAUACUAAUAGAUUUGACAAGGAGAGAGCGGGAACCUAACCUGUUUGUGGACUUCAAUGCCCCGUUCUUCUUGCCCCCUUCUCGUACUGACUGUUUUCAUCUAUGUGGCUGCCUUUCCUCUGUUUGGGAAUGUUAAACCAGACCCAUCUUCUACAGCAGAUUUCCUCUUGUCUGGUGCAGUUCUAAUCACACAUUAUCAAAACCCAGUUAAUCCACUCCAGGGGCUUCAAAGUAGACAGUCACUUCCAGGAGUGCAGAUGUUACCAUCCAUGUAGUCAUCCUCCUUUCCCAGGAUUCAAUGUUAAAUCUAAAUCACAUAUGCAUAUCUGCUCCUAUUUCAUCUAAUCAUUUUUUUCAAACCAGCACAAUUUGGGCAUGACAACCUGAAGGUCUGAAAAGCCCAUGGUGAAGGUGGAGACUGAGCCCCACGUGUGAACCAAGGCUGCAUUAGCAUGAGUGUUAGGUUCAUCUCAAACUGCACAGGAGCUCCAUCUCAGGCUGCACUUCAUGGUGGGACUUGCAGAGAAACAAGAUGUGCAGAUGGUGAGCAAAACACACUUUUGUGUUUUAAAGAAAGCAGAUUUGUACAGGAAAGUGCCAAGCAACAUGCAUUUGCUAAGUGAAGAUAUAAACUUAAAUAAAAGAAAAAACUAAAAGCUAAUGAAGAAAGCAGAAAUGAUCAU